UUGCAGAAUCCACUGGGAAAUAGGGCUAGACCAUUUCAUCGUUCGGGAUAUGUUGGAAUCCUCGUUAUAUUCUAACACCAGAACAUUUAAAGACGACAGGCAAAAUCUUUUUUUAAUGCAAAUUAAUUUCGUUCGGGAAGCCCUGCUCUUCAAAUUUAUAUUUUUUAUUUUAUUUCUACACGACCCCUCUCUUCUUCAUUAGAAUGGUUGUUCCUUUACACUGCCAUGUUGGAUGGAUGUAUCGAUGUUGCAUCUGGAGUUCCGAAUGAAAGUUUAGAAUUUGCCCACUGCAAAGAUUGGGGUUCCCACGGUUUAUUCCAGGCGAAUGGGUCAUGGAGGUUGUUAUCCAACAACCAGGAUCCUGAAAUAUUUCAUUUUGCAGACCUCUACCUUAGAAACAACGCCAUGAGAUGAUCCGUUUGCAGGCCAUGGCGAUCAAAGGCUGCACGAAUUUUAUGUAAUGUUCAAGAGUAAAACAGUUAAUUUUGUUUAUGUAGAAAUUAUUUGCGAACAUGAAUAGCCAUCCUCAGCAACGGCGGGUUGGAAAUAUUGGCUCCAUAUUCCUCACCCCGCAAGAGAACGAAUGCCUCUUCAACUACCUGGGCAGGAAAUGCAUUACCCUGUGCUCAGCGGUGGUCCAGGUGUAUGGGGCAGACAGAAGCUCAUCCUGGGUGAAGAGGUGCUGCGGAGUGGCCUGUCUGAUUAAGGAUAACCCUCUGAGGUCCUACUUCAUCAGGGUCUUUGACAUCAAGGAAGGGAAAACCAUGUUUGAACAGGAGCUCUACAAUAACUUCUCAAUCAACAGCUCUAGGUCGUAUUUCAUUUCGUUCGCAGGAGAUAACUGCCAGGUAGGCCUGAACUUUGCUAGUGAGGAAGAGGCCAAGCGAUUUAGAGCCGCACUUAACGACCUACUCGGCAGACGCCAACGUAAAACGGAAAAAAGAUGUGACCCUGCAAAUGGCCCGGCUCUCCCUAUGGCCACAGUGGACAUCAAGAACCCAGAGAUUAACAAUGUGCGCUUCCACAACUCCCAGCAGCAGCAGCUUCCACAGCCACACCACCUCAACAACAUGCUGCACAGCAGCCUCAGCAAGAAGGAGAAGAAAGUCAAGGGCAAGAGGAAGAAGCUCACCAAGGCAGACAUAGGCACCCCCAGCAACUUCCAGCACAUCGGCCAUGUGGGCUGGGACCCAAACACAGGCUUCGAUUUGAAUAACCUGGACCCAGAGCUGAAGAACCUGUUUGACAUGUGUGGCAUCUCAGAGGCCCAGCUGAAGGACAAGGAGACCUCCAAGGUUAUCUACGACUUCAUCGAAAAGAAAGGAGGGGUGGAGGCCGUCAAGAACGAGCUCCGUAGGCAAGCCCCACCACCCCCUCCCUCUCGGGGAGGCCCACCUCCCCCUCCCCCGCCCCACAGCUCGGGCCCAGCUCCCCCCCCACCACCAUUGCGAGGUGGCCGGGGUGCCCCGCCACCACCUCCACCCUCUCGGGCCCCCACCUCUGCCCCUCCUCCCCCCCCCUCCAGGCCUGGCGCCCUAGGAGCCCCCCCUCCUCCCCCGCCCCCCACCAGAGGGGGCCACCACCACCAGCCACCACCUCCCCCUCCACCCUUGCAUGCCAACGCAGCACCCCAUGCCCCACCACCGCCUCCCCCACCAGCAGCACCACCCUCAGGUGGCGGGGGAGCCCCUCCUCCACCACCUCCUCCACCACCCCCACCUGGACCCCUGCCCCCUCCAGAGCUGGACUGUGGUGUGCCGUUGUCCCACUCACCCCAGGGCUCGGGGGGUAAAUCGGCCCUGCUGGAGCAGAUCCGUGGGGGCACCCAGCUGAAGAAGGUGGAGGCACUGGCCUCCAAGCCACCGGCCACCACUGUGGGGCGCGAUGCGCUGCUCGACCAGAUACGACAGGGCAUCCAGCUCAAAACCGUACCAGACGGCCCAGACUCUGGCUCCCCUACACCAGCUCCGUCGGCAGGUAUAGUGGGGGCACUUAUGGAAGUAAUGCAGAAGAGGAGCAAAGCCAUCCACUCCUCAGAUGAAGAUGAAGAUGAUGAUGACGAAGAGGAUUUUGAGGAUGAUGACGAAUGGGAUGACUAGUUAAGUCUCUCCUCCCCCUCCACCCCAACACAACUGACACUAAACUGAUCCUAAAAUCUUCCAAAACCUGACUAAAAUUGUAAUGUAAAUGUUCUAUGAAUUUGCUGUAUAUUUAUUGUUGCCUUUUUAUUAGUCUGUGCAAUACCUUGUUCAUUUAAUCUGUAAAGUUUUUUCACAUACCCUGUGUAGCGUAUCUCUGGUAACACUUUCCUGGGACUCUGUCAUAGAACAGUCACAUCGCCGUUAAAAGCAUGAUAUAAAUGUUAUAAGCUGUCAUAACUAUUCAUGGUAAUAAGCUGACAUGCUUAGGCUGACUACUGCUGUAUGUGACACUAUGCUGCAAGAUUGCUUGCAGCUAAUACAAGGUGUUAUUAUCACCAAUGACACCUGUGGUCUGUUCAGGAGGGUGCAAUGUCACAGAACGUCCAGAUAGAAACAUAUUGUGUAAUAUUGAUAUGAUUGUCUGUCCUCAAGAAUAGAGAGUCUUAUACACUUAUCAGCUCUUUACAUUUCAUUUCUAUCUGCAACGUUCUGAACAUUUAGCCCUACGGAAUAAUACAUUGCUGCUAUGUCAUGCUUAUGACAGCCUAAAGACGCUCUAUAACAGCAGGUUCCAAGUAUUACGGUAUCUGCUGGAUUAACAAUGUGCAAUUUUAGUUGGGAUAUAUUUUAUUGGUGCGUUACUGUAUGUUCCCCUGUCGUUAAAGAAAGGGAGAUGUAAGAAACAAACAGACGGGAUCCUCAUGUCGUUAUGGUUGGUUAAUGCAAGAUAACACUAUUUUCCUACCCUGCUUUUUUGUACCUUCGAUUUUCUUAAUGAGAUCCUUAUUUUUUCGUAUGAAGUCCACUUAUUAGAAUUGUAAGCCCAAAUUGACUCAAAUGUUUUCAACGUUAGUAUGUUCACAGCUGUUAUAUCUUUGAACAAUUUCAAAAUGUACUAUAAGAGUAACAGUGCAGUGUCAUAGUUGUGUUCCAACGAUGUGCUUAUUCAGUGACGGGGAAAACAAAGAUUACCAUGGGGAGGAUCAGUGUAUGCUGCUUGCCUGUCAUUGACUCAUGGAAGCUCUUAAAGCAGCUUUUGCAUCAAUGUCCCGCUCAUUAUGGAUGUCCUGAUGUCCUGUAUUAACUUUCAGAAGUUAAAUUAUCACUACAAAAAAAUUUGAGCUAAUAUACAAUC